AAGUUUUCCACGCGCGUAUUUCGCGCGUGUUUUUCUAGCAUGCGCAGUUGGCUUGUUGAGAACAUGUAAUCAUGCGAAAAUGGCGGAUAAAUCGCGAGGGCAUAAUCGCCAUGGAAGUGUUGUACGAAUUGGUUACUACAAUAUCGAAAAGACCAUCGGAAAGGGAAAUUUUGCAGUGGUCAAGCUUGCUACUCACUGCAUCACAAAGGGAAAGGUUGCCAUCAAAAUCAUCGACAAAAGUCAAUUGGACCAAGAAAAUUUAAAGAAAAUUUUUCGUGAAGUUCAUGUAAUGAAGAUGCUGGAUCAUCCUCAUAUUAUUAAACUUUACGAGGUGAUGGAAUCAGACAGGAUGAUGUAUUUAGUCACAGAACAUGCAAGCAAAGGAGAAAUAUUUGAUUAUCUAGUUGCACAUGGUAGAAUGUCUGAGAAGGAAGCAAGGAAAAAAUUCCUGCAAAUUGCAUCAGCUGUUGACAGUUGUCAUAAGCAGUGUGUUGUACAUCGAGACUUAAAAAGUUUGGGCGUGGUCCUUUAUGUGCUGGUGUGUGGCGCUUUGCCAUUCGAUGGCAGUACUCUGCAAAGUUUGAGAUCCCGUGUGUUGGAUGGCAGAUUCAGAAUUCCCUUCUUCAUGUCUCGAGAAUGCGAGCAUCUCAUUCGUCACAUGUUAGUUCGUGAUGUGGCUAAGAGGUACACCAUGGUGCAGAUUAUGAACCACAAGUGGCUCAACGAGAUGACUGAGGAAGACAAAGCCAGCGCUCUUGCGACAGAUACGAUACCUGACUCGGAGCUCACUGAAGAAGUCUUAACAAUUAUGCAAAGCAGAGGAAUUGAUCGGGAAAAGGCUAUCCAGUCGCUUUUCAAGAAGGACUAUGACCAGUUCUCCGGUAUUUAUUUCACACUUCUGGAAAAGCUCAAAAGAUCUGCGACCUCGUCACACGAUCCUUGCGCUAACAUAACAGCCAUAUCUGGCAACGCGGGUGAUUCAGAAAUGAUGGAGACUGAAGACGAGUUGGUUGGGACUGAGAAGCCGUCUAUGAAUGUUCCUACUGUUCAAGUGACCCCUGAUUCGCCCACAAGGCGAGUGAAGCCCCUCCAGGACCAGUGGGACCUUACGCAGGAGGGUGAUGAAGAAGACGAUAAGAUGCCGGACGAGAUCCCUCCGAGCUUGAAGACCUAUCUGGAGAAACGGCGGCACACUCUGACUGCUGUGGAUCCUUUGAUGGAACCGGAGCUACGAGAGAUGCUCACUCAGAAAUUCGUCCAACAGCCCUUGAGUCCUCUUAGUCAGGCCGCUGAGGAUGCAUUCCACAGUGCUUUAGGAUUGAAUCCAGGUUUGCCGCCAUAUUCGCCCACACUGGACCUGUCUUUGGCAUACAAGGAGCAAAUUCUUCAGGUUCCCAGUGUGUUCCAGCUUAGACCGCCCUUGGGGAGAAGGGCCUCCGAUGGCCCAACGAGCUUAGCAGCCGGAAUUGCGCAGUUUAAUGCUCUUCGUGCCAUGGCUGGAUUAGGAGACGAUACUCAGGGUCAUACAGGCUCACUUAGCGGUUCGCCGUUAAACAGCCAUAAUCCACUUGUGUGUCAGUCACCGUUUUCGGUUUCACCCGGACCAUCGAGCCCUCAAAUAAGUGAAGGAGCAAACGAUAGCGGCUCAGAUCAGGAACCUGACCAAGACGCCAUUGCACGGUACAUGGCGUGUCGAGGGGCACGGCAACGUCACACCUCACCUAAUGAAAUGCCAGAUGACAUGCUUCAACUGCGGUUAUUACAAGUGCCGUUGAAAACCAGACGGACUAUGUUUCCCCCAGCAAGGGACCGCCCAGGACGGGAGGGAUUCAUAACUACCCCCACCGGGAUUCGAUACAAUGGGUCAAGACGAGCUUCAGAUGGAGCUGCUUCGGUGCUAGCCUACAAGCAGCAUAUGGAGCGCAUCAGCGGUAGCGGGUCCAAACGAAACAGCCUUCGUGAGCUGCAAGAAGAGUGCCUGCAACUCCAGCAGCAAUAUGGCCGAGUUGCUGAAGCAGAACAGCAGCGUAGACAACAAGAACAACACGAGCUUCAUCUGCAGCAGCAGUUUUACAGCAGAAGGGCUUCUGACAGUGCUGACUCAUUAGCCGCCACACUCGCUCAGUUCCAGCAGCAGUACGCGCCUGCUCAUACGAGUCAAGAGUUGGACUUGGAUGGGCAAAGAGCAGAAGUACUGCUCCAGAGUUCCGUGGAAGAUUUGGAGGAAAUUCCAGCCCAAUCGUCGAUGGAGCACCAAGAUCUUCUUCACAAGGAAAUGCAACGGUUGAACAUUGAACACUGCACUCCAUCACCUUUCGACUCCGCAGGGAUUAUCCAUUCCACGUCUGGUGGAAUAGGUCCGGAUCCUUCUGCUCUUUCCACUCUGGCACAAAAUCUUGCCACGAACUCGCCAAGAAAUAGUCUUCUUAUCGAGGACUCGUCGCCUGCAUCUUCUACAGAGACAUCAAAUUUUCUCUCGCAGAAUGUUUUGUCGACGCAAGCAAACACGACCUCGUUUCUAUCCGAUGGCGUCGCAUUGUCGUCUCCAGUUCCUUCGCCACCGCCGUCACCCCUUAUAUCAGCAGUACCCCUCAAUCAGCGGUAUCCCAUACCUAACAUCACCACUACUACCUCAAGGACUGCGUCAAACGGUAGCUUGGCGGAGACAGUAGCAGAUACGGGAACCAUUCCGCCAAUUCCCACUAGUUUGCCGGCUGCUAUGUUAGGAAAUUCUGUUAUAAAUGAGAAUGAUCUUGAAGAGUUGGCUAGGGCUAGUAGAUGGGGACUCGGCACGCUGCCCCUAAGCCCUGCAACACUUCUCGGGACAAUCGGGACAAAUCCCACGGCUGCGUUGCACACGGGAAACGUCGGGCAGCGAUCGCCCAUGCAUCACCGUCGACAUCAUACGGUACCUUCGGCGCAAGAUGCAUGGAAUUCUAUGGACUUGCUCAGAAGGGCGACCGCCAAUAACGUUUUAUCGCAAAACCAAGCUAGGGACAUGUUAAACAACAAUAUUAAUUUGGAAGAAGGGCUAGGAAUUAGGGACGGUCUUCUAUAUAGAACUUUUUCUCCCAACGGAACAAUCCAUCAAGACUCUUUACUCAAUUCGCUUAGCAAAGGAGAUGGUUCGUCUGACUUGGCGCAAACGAACACCUUGCGUAUGGCAUUUUCUGUUAAUAUGACUUCUAGCAAGUGUAUCCCUGAUAUUAUCAGUGAAAUAAGGAGAUCGCUGGAUCAGCGGUCGGCCAAGAUUGCUUACGAACAGUCGGAGCAGACAUUCACCCUACAGCAGGGGGCUGUUUGUGCUGAAAUUGAAGUCUGCCCCCUCCGGGAGAAUCUUAACGGAUUGCGCUUGCGACGAGUCAGCGGCAACCAGUGGCAUUACAAGAAACUUUGCAACGAGGUUCUAGCGGGGAUGAACCUGUGACGUGACAGAAUGUGUACUGCACGAAUUGAAUUAAUAAUUAGGUUUUCUUUAAAACAAAGAUUGCGUGACAGUUGACGUGGAGGGAGUGUAGCGCAAUACACUCAUCUUUCACUUGCGUGACUUUGAGGUAAAGUGCUUUUAUCGUGAAUUUAUUUCUUUGCUGAAGAAGAAGUUAUACCCUAAAUUAGGAGUAGAUAAUUUGUCUUACAUAGCUCAAAAGUAAAAGUUGUUCUCUUUCGUUUUCGUUGUAGGAAAGUUUUUUUUUCCUUCCUCUCUAUUCGUUAAAGUCAAAAAAUGGUUCACGAGAAGUGUUUGGUGCUUGCAAAUCAAGCGAUCCAUCUUUAGUUAUCAUUAAGCCGAAUUUUCCAUUUGGAAAUAAUUUUCUCGAAAUUAACGUUAAAUACCGAUUCUUUAUCCAGAAAUUACAGAACUGAUUGAACGCCCCUUGUAUUUUCACUCCGUUUUCCAGUAAACAUGUCAAGAGAAUCCAACGGAUAUUUGCUUAAAUUUACUGCAAAUUCUCUAAAUUAUUUAACAAAGAAGCAUAAGGUUGGUAGAAAGGAAAAUGUUUUGACCAGAUUUGCUGAGACAAAGGACUAAUUGCGAAAAUAUAAGGGAACUCAAGCUCUCAAGAAUUCUCCCAUCUCCCUCCCCCUCAUCUGUCUUUCCUUUUCUCCUCUUUCUGACUGUCUGCUUGACAGUAUUGCAAAAUUUGACUAGAGCACAGACAAGUGCAAACUUAACAGCCGAGGACUGGGGAGAGUCGAGAAGAGAUGAGACAGGCUCAUGUGGUUUAGGUCGACGUGAUGUGGUUUGGAUUUCUUUCAAUUUGUCCGUUAAAGUGCUCAAAAAUCGUUUUAAGUAAAGACGCUUUUUAGCUCAUUUUCCCUCCAGUCAACAGGUCUCUAUUAAUUAAGAAGCCUCUGUUCUUUAUUUCCUAAAUUGUAUUUUGCGAAAACUGACUGGAUACCGAGAUAUUUGGUUUGUCGCGAGAUUGCAAACUGCAAAAAAUUUCACAUAGAGAACGGGCCAAUAAUCGUUGUUUUUUAUGCAGAAAAGAGCGUUUUGCCUUAUCUGGUUCACUGUACCUUUGCACUGGACCCUUUGAUCAAAAUAAUGCUUACUUGACUACCCUUAAAUGCCUCGACCUGGAAAAACAUUGCUUAGAAAAACAAGUUGUCUUUGUCCCGAGUUUCUUACCGUAGCGGUUUCACCUGCAUUAGUUGGUGCUCAUUCUGUGUAGAAAAUUCCUAGGAAUGAAAUAAAUUUUGCCUAAAAUCGUUUGCACUUUGAUUUUAAUCGCACCACAAGCCCCGGCAGAGGUCACUAUCAGUAGCCACUGUCUAAGGAUCGAAAAGCUUCCGGAGAUUGUAGGUAGCUUCUUGGAAAAAUAUUCCAAUUUUUUCACCCGCAAAUGGCUUGUUUUUGCGAUUAAAGUUGAAGCGUGGUAAAUCUCGGCAGCGUAUAAAUAGAUGUACAAUAAUGAAAUCCUUGCUUAGCCAAGUCAAAUAAUGUAAUAUAUUUUCCUUCCGAGAAAUAUCACCAAGGUUAAAACACCAUAGAGUCUUUGUACAAUAAAAGAGUAUCGAUGUACCUCUGA